CCCUCCAGAACCUCCAGGCUACAUCAGUGGUACUGUGCCAACUCCACAUCUCUUCUUUCGGCGUAACGUAUUUGUGUGACGGCCUGUUGGAGUUUGGAAAUACUCACUGAAGUGUCCUCGAGGAGAAGAAUGUGUGGGUCAAAGUAUGAACGUGUACCUCUACAAAUCAGGCUACCAUACCAAGGUUCGUCACGUGUGUGACGUUUCCGGCUGGUACUUUAUAAUAACAGAGGUCCUGUGCUGCGGACCAUGUACAAAAGCAGCCAGGAGUGGUGGCAUUUGCAAGGCGGGCAGGUGGUUGGCAUGGGAUUCUGCCAUUCUUUGUCAACUCAGUGAGGCUCACCAAGCCAUGUUUCCUGCUAUUCUGACAGACAAGCGUGGUGUGGACAAAAAUGUGGUGCGGCUUUUGAGGGACCGGACCGAAGGGAACACCAUGGUUAAAGUGUGGCGACAAAUUCAGGAGAAUCAUGUUGAGGAGUAUCUCCACAGGAAAGACCUUUACACCACACUCCUCAUGACUCUCCUGAAGCCUGGGGGAAUCGUGUCAGCCUUAGGACACACGUUUGAGGCUCCACCUCCUCAAAGAGAGCUUCCCUCGGCUCGCCUGCUUCGCCAUGCUUUCCUUCUGGCGGAGGCCAGCAACGUACAGGACUACAGGAACCAGAUUCUCUCCACUUUUGGCAAAGUGCUAAAGAUGGACUCCACUAAAAAGGUGGUGAAGAAGCUGUCUGGGGAGGGUAAAGGCACGGCGGAGUGGUUUACCAGCAUAGGCAAUGAGCAUUCGCAGAUUGUCUCAUUUGUUCUUACCUGUGAAGAGUCCACUCGGUGUCUGAAGCCAAUGUGUCAGGGAGUAAUGGACCGCUUCCACCAGGCCAAUCAACUUGUGCCCAACAUCUUGUACAUUGACCGCGGGUGUUGUCGGGCACAAGGCCCGAGCGCUGUGGAGAGCUUAUUCCAGACGUGGGUUGAGAAUGGUAUGGUGGUGCGUUUGGACAUCUUCCACUGGAUACAUCGCUUUGAUGCAGCCAUUCGUACAGACAGCCACUCCAAGUACGCUGUGUUCAAGUCUGCCCUAGCAGGAGCGGUGCUGGCCUACAACCGCACAGACUUGGAGCUGCUCAUCAAAGCUGUUAGAGCGAAGGACCCGACAGUUUUUCACACCGUGGCUGAUGAAGACAUGAUGCGACUUUAUGUAUCCAGGGAACAGCUGAAGCACCACGUUCGCAGAGUCACACUUGGGGCUCAGGAGACCUUCCGGCUUGUCCAGAUAGCCAUAGAUGAGCUCAAAGGUCCUGCUGGGCUAGACGAGAGUGGAGUCAGCCUCUUCAAAUCGGCAGAAGCAAUAGACGGUGUAUGGGAAGGCCAGCAACGACACCUAGAGUGCAUUCAGGAUCCUCCAGAGAUGAGCAUGUACAGAGUGGCUCAUAGCACCAACAUCAACGGGGUGGACCUUCCUUAUUUCAAAUGUCUCCGUGGAAGCAACAGCCUGGAAGGAUUCCACAAAACACUGCCUCACAUGAUACCAGGUCCCCACUGUGCUGCACGUCCAUAUCAAGUUUACCUGAUUAGUGGAAUCGCUCGGUGGAACUCAGACCGCAGCUCUGAUGCUGUGUUUGGUGGGAAAGGCAGAAAACUAAGAUCCUACUCUGCACCUCUGAUCGAGCGCCUUAACACCCGCUGCCAGCAGCUGUUUGGAGAAACCGUGGAGAAGAAUUUCCAAGCCCCUGCUGCUGUGACAUCAAAUGAGCUGCUUGGUUUGGAGUACCUCUUUAGCCAAAGCACAGGUGAAUCUGUUGCCUUCUCCCUCAGUGACCUCUCAAAGGAUGGUCCCAGUCCAGAGGAGGAAGUGGUUCAGCCAGACGAGCUUGACCCCAAUGAGGAUGACGAGGCCUACCAGAGCGACCCAGAGGCAGACCAGGACAGGAUGACUACUGACCCGGCCCACAUAAACCUUACCAUGGAGGAAACCACCACUGCUUACCCUCCGGCCUUUGAGGAUGCCUGUAGCCCCAACCCGCUGCCUGGAUUCCACCAGCUGGAAAACUUCUGUUCUCUGCUUGUGGAGAUUGGCAAGACUGAGAAUAAGCUGAGCCUGAUGACAGAGCAAAGGAACAGGCUCGUCGCCGCAUGGCACGAUGUAAUGGAACAUGACAAGCAACCACAGAAGUUUCAUCAGCUUUACAGAACACACUGGGGUAACACCUUGUAUUGCCGCACAAAGAGGGACGAUCUUGCUGAUGCUGCUGUGAUUCAGCGUGUCAAGAUGGCCAAGCGGUACGCACCGGCUCAGCAGGACAUCAGCGCUCAGCAAAACCGGCUAAUGUACACACUGGUCAAACUUCUUUGGCUGGGCUUACCUCAAAAAUCCAAAGCAAGCCCAGAAAAUACAUCCAUCCUGAAAGCCUAUGAGAGAAUUCAGCACUGCAUAUUGGUGGAGGAUCCAGUGCUGAGUAAAGUCGGUAUUCCUCUACCAAAAAUUAACAACAAGACGGUGAGGGAUUUCAUCCGUCGUCAAGAGAGGCUCAUCAACCUGCAGUCAACAAGAAUGCCAUCGGCCUCAAUAUCAAAGAUUACUUCUGUCUCCUCAAAAGACUUACCUCCAGCACCACAUCAACCGUCGGUUCUCCCUCCACCUGUAUAUCAACAGAUUGUGUAUGAACACAUUCCCAGCAAGGCAGGGACCAAGGUCUUAAAAGAACGAUCAGACAUGGUAAUGACAGCUCCUAAAACCUCGUCCCGGGUAAUGCCAGCCAUGUCUACCGUCUUCAGACCUCCACCAAGAAACACUUCAUCCACUGCUCCUACACAAGAGAUUCCGGCUACGUCCACCAGCACCACACCCUUGACAGUGUCUUCUGGCCCCACUGACACACCACAGAGUAUUGACACCCCCUCAGCCUGGUCCAGAGCUACAGUGUACAAAAGGAAAAGCACAGACAAUCCUACUCAAGUUGGAGUCAAACUGUCACGUGUACAUAACUUGCCUGUUUGUACGCUUUGCCACCAACCCACUCAGGGACACAAAAAAUAUAAAAAAAAGACUUUUUGUCCUGUGAAAAUGAUGUCGACCUCCUUAGGAUUGGACAACAGAGUGUUCGACAGCUAUGAACACUUUACCACAGUUGUGGACUCACUAAAGUGAAUUUUGUUUUGCCUUUGUGAGAUAGGAAUAGCGUUUUUAUUUCACGUAACCGCACUUUUUACUCACUAUUUUUAAUUAUAUAAAGUUUAUGUGUGUAUCUGCUGUAUCUUUUAACCCAUUUUUAAAAGCAACAAUAUAUAGGAUAUUGUAUAUAUUGCCUUUAAUAUAUUUUUCUAUAUCACUUAACUAUUUUAUACUUGAUGUAACUGUGAUGCUUGUCUUGAAUAUUGCAUUUUAUUUCAUUCCAGUUAUAUUUUAUCUACCUAACCUUACCUUAUAUUUCAUAUUAUAUUAUAUUUUGUGUUAAAUGUAACCCAACGUU